GGCCAAAUUAUUUUUUUUAGAAUGCGUCCAAAAACAAUUGCCAAUACAGUUCUUCUAUAUUGAUAACGACAACCCCUCCACUGUGUGAACAUUUCUUGAUUAUCUUGACGCACGUUCGUUCGACUGACCCCAUUUCCCACGUUUCCUACCGUCCUUGAAGGCAUCAUCAUUUCAGGUCUGUGGUUUGGUGGUCAGCUGAUGCGUACUGUACUGUAUAGGUAAACAUGUCAACGUUAUUGGCUCGAAGACAACGAUAACCGCACAGACGACUACGGGACGAGAGAUACUUUUUUUCUUUUUUUUUUUACCGGCGUCAUUCCUUUGCUUUUUUAGGAUGUAUGGUGAGCACUUUUGCAUCAAUUUACGGUGGCUCAAGAACACUGCCUUUAAUGCGGUCCGCGGUGAUUAAACAGUGCGCACUUGCGUGAGAUGCUUCCCUGCUAUGCUAAUGAUGAAGCUAACGGACACCGACUGCCUGACAUCCAAGUGGAUGGAAAUGACACCGUACUAUUCCCAAAACAAUCGCCAAAGCGACAGAUAGUCGGACGACCCAUUCAAUUGUUGGUAAAUGGUAAUGACUCCGCCAGAGCCGCGGUGAUGCCUUCAUACGCAUAGCGGUGUAGUUUCAUCACUUUGCAGAGAUGUCAUUCACAAUGGAGGAUAAUUUUGAGUCGGGCUGGGUUGCCGUUCGCCCAAAUGCCUUCGAGGAGAAGGAGAAGCAUAAAUUUGUCUUCAUCGUAGCCUGGAACGAAGUGGAAGGCAAAUUUGCCAUAACAUGUCACAACAGGACGGUGCAAAGGAAAAGCUUCGGCGCCAGCAGCAGAGACCCUCCGUCGGAGGAUGGAGACAAAACAAAAUGGCCCGGAAGUCCCGCCGGGUACAAAGUGUCCAGGAGCCCCAGCUCAAUAGCCAGGGAUGCUGCAGUAAAAAGCCUUAAAAGCAAGCUCCCAGGUUCCAAACUAAGUCCUGUUAAAAUUAAAACGGUGGUCAACUAUGUGUCAUCUCACGUCAAGUGUGAUGCAGAGUCACAGCGAGAGGAGCAAUUGCCCCCCGUGGACACACUGGACCUGGAGGAUGCUUUAAGCAGAGAGGACUGCAGCUGGGCAGGCCUCUUUUCCUUCCAAGACCUACGGGCGAUCCAUCAGCAGCUGUGCUCGGUAAACUCCGCAUUGGAGCCCUGCCUCCCCGUCUUCCCAGAAGAGCCAAGCGGGAUGUGGACCGUGCUGUUUGGACCGGCUGAGGUCUCUGAGACUGAGAUGGAUGAGCUGUGUUCUAAGUUGCAGCUCUACCUUGGCCAUGCGCUUGAUAUAUGUGGCUGGAAGAUCCUCUCUCAGGUUCUCUUCACGGAAAAUGAUGACCCAGAUGAGUACUACGAGAGCCUGAGCGAGCUGAGGCAGUGUGGAUACGAAGAGGCGCUUCUCCGUGAAAGUAAACACCUGCAAGAGCUUCUGGAUAAACAUAGGAGCAUGGACAGCAUGGUUGACUUGUUGGAACUUUAUGAGGAGGAGGACCAGGCCUAUGGAUGCUUGCUGGAGGCCUCCACGCAACUGUACCAGUACCUGCUGCAGCCAUUCCGAGACAUGAGGGAGCUAGCCAUGCUGCGGAGACAACAGAUCAAGAUCUCCAUGGAGAAUGACUACCUGGGCCCAAGGCGCAUUUAUGCCCUCCAGCAGGAGGACUCGGAUUGGCAGAGGAAAGCUCAAGAAGCCGUGCUUAUUAUCCAGGAAUUCACUGUAAAAUACUUUGAGACAACAGCUAAAGCACAGAAAGGUGUUUAUGAGCGUAUGAAGGUGGACCAGCGUAAGUUUGGUAAAGCUUCAUGGACAGCAGCAGUGGAGCGCAUGGAGAGAAUCCGCUACUCUGUCGCCAAGGAAACCCUGCAGCUGCAAAGAGCCCGGGAAAUCAGCUUGGAGCAGAGGAAACACACCCUUCGAGAGGAGAUGCAGAGCCUGUGUAGCGGUGAGGAUGCGAUGACCCUAUUGGAUCAGAUGGAGUCACAGUACUAUGAGCUACAGCUCCAACUUUAUGAUAUCCAGGCUGAGAUCCUACAGUGUGAGGAGCUGCUUCUCACUGCUCAGCUAGACAGCGUUCGAAGACAAAUGACAGAGCACCAGAAUGAGGUGGUGUACUACGACACUUUUGAAAGCGCUGACGACAUAACGGCGGAGGACACUGCCGAGAUGGAAGAAGUGCACCGGCUUCAGGUCAGCGUGCGACAACUGGAAGCGAGAAGGGGACGCAUCACCGCCAAGCGUUCCUAUCUGAAGAGCAAGAGGGAGAUCUGCGUAUCAAACCACUUUAAGAAACAGCAGAUGCGUCAAAGCGCGCAGAAAGACUCUCAUCAGAUCUUACAGCCGAAAUACGAUGAAGAGGAAGAUGAGCGAAAGAGUAGCAGAGUGCGUCAAGAAAGACAGAGGACUCUCGAUAGACUUCGCACCUUCAAGCAGCGCUACCCGGGUCAGGUGAUUCUCAAGUCCACGCGUUUGCGUGCGGCCCACAGCAGAAGGAGAGAGCGCGGCAGGAUUAUGCAAACGGACUCCGAUGGUGAAAGGGCGGAGCGUUCCGACCCCACCGGCGCACAAGAUCCGGCCCGGCGGCCCCCGCGCCUCAGCGCCAGCGUGCAGACGGACCCCAGCUCCACGCUCACCACCCAGCCCGUCACAGGCCUGGCAGCGCAGUCGCUCCCUCUUUUGCCCGCGCCCAGUCCCGCAGACUCAUUCUGCUCUCCUUGCUCCCUGUCGUCAUUGCUGGCAUCCCCGGCCUCACCUCCGCCUCCACCCCCUCCCCUGCCUCUCCUGCCAAUACGAGAACAGGUUUCCCCCUCUGGGAGCCCGGGCAGACAGAAGGCUGAGGAGCAGAGUGUGUCGGAGGAGCGGCCUCGCUCCCCACUUGGCCCCUUCCAUCCUCGCUUCUUUGACAGCAGCCAACUGGUGAGCGCCCGCAAAAAACUGAGGAAGACUCCAGGCUUUGAGGCCCACAGCAGACGAGGGAGCUCCCCCAUGGAUGAAGUGCUGGCCUCCCUGAAGAGAGGCAGUUUCCACCUGAAGAAGGUCGAGCAGCGGGCCGUCCCUCCCGCUGCCCAGAGUGACGACGACUCCAACAGCAUCUUAGCUCAGAUCCGCAAGGGUGUCAAACUGAGACAAGUCCCCCCUCAAGAAAGGAAAGGCCAGGAGGAGACCGCUGCCUCCAGAGACCCUCUGACCAGGAGCAUCUAUGAAGCGCUACGAAGAAUAAAGGAGGCAUCACCGGAGUCGGACUCUGAUGAGGAUGGCCCGGGUGGGCCCGACUGGGAAAGCUAGUGUUUGACACUCAAAACGCAACUAAUAGCACUACACAGUCACAAAUAGGAGUGGAUUUCUGUCCCUCAAGGUACAUUCUUACACUGCUGUACCCUAUUGGGAUCGGAUUGGACUCUGUACCCGAUAGCACUCCACACUUAUGGCGCUUUUCCAUUAGCUCGGUUCCACACCGAGACGGCUUGGCUUUGGCCCAGAAGUGGUAGCUUUUCCAUUCGACGUUUUUGUGGUGUAGCGGUGACAAUGGAAGCGCUUUUCAGAACCAUCUAAAAGGGGGUUCUAAAGAGCCUGCUGUCUGGAACUGUGUGGGGUCGUGUCGUCACUGUCAUCUGAUUGGCCGACGACAGUAUCUCAAACGAACAUCAUAGCGUUUUAUAAUAACGCUGAGCCUUAUUUAGAAUUUCAUAUGUACUAAUGGAUUAUUUUUUUCACGAUUAAUGGUUAACAUGCACUGCUCAGCAGUUCCCAUUCAUUUGAAUGAGAGUUCUCCAGAAACAGUGAGCAGCCUCGCCGCUCUCUGAGCACAAUCGGCCUCGGAACUAGCGGCUUUAGGUGGCCGUUGGAGGGCUUCGGACACGAUGACGAUGACAAGCUGUUGACUUGGCGAGGCAGCCAAAUGAGUGAAUUUGAGCUCUACAUUCCGAAUGAAUGAGUGUUGGCGGCGAGUUUUGUGUGUCACUCGCGAAAUCAGUAUCAUACUAUUUCAUCCAUGGUACAUAUGAAAUUGUAAAUAUGGUUCAAUGUUGAUCUAAAACUGUGUGUACUGGGUUAUUGUAUUUUUAUCUUGACGGCGGCCCGACGGUGCCUCGUUGACCUAAACCCGAAAAUUGAUUUCUUCUGUGCAUUUGAUGGGCUUGACUUUGCUGCAUGGCCACAUGACGCAACUGCAAUUCACAUUUUUAAUUGCCACUAAAGACAAUGGCUGAGACUUGCCACUUGUGAAAUGUUUUGGCAGAACCUUUCUAAUGGAAAAGCGGCAAUAAUGACAACACAAAUGUGAGGAUGCGUCGUACGAAGAAUCACCAAAUAUAGAUCACCCUGUUCAUUUUUUCUUAUAAUUUUCCACGCUGCUUACGAUUAUUGUAUAUCAUUCUUCCACACUGUAAUUAUGCUAUAUUUAUUUGUAGUUAUUCAGUCGUGUCGUUUGUAACCACACAGCCACGUUUUAUGAACCGACUGCACUGACCCUUAAUAUGAAAUGUAAACCUCAGGCAGAAUGCUUGCCAUUAUCACAAAAAUGCUCAUGGACACGAUUUGUAAAUUGGGGUCAUAUGGAUUAUAAGAAUACAAAUCCCUCGGAGGUUUAAAAUAAGAUCACAUGACCAACCAUGAAGCAAUACCAUUGUCACAUCUUCAAAAUGCUCUGCCCUACCUGCAUACGAUGAGCGGGUGCUGCACGUGGGUGUCACGUGUUCGUGAUGUUGUGCAGGCACGACAGUAGAGGCGCGCCACUUGUCGAAUGUGACAUUGCACAUAAGCAGUAAAUCCUUUAGCAUGUCACACUGGAGUCAUCCCCCUCCCCCUCCUGUCGUCUUCUGUUUUCAUCACCCCCAUGUUCCUCAUCCAGCGAGGAUGACCAUCUGCUCAACUGCAGCAUUCAACAUGAUAGAGAUAUGGCACGGCAGCUCAUGGGUUAAGUGCCACACAGAAGGAGCAAAACGUGUUUUUGUGAAGAAUUUGCGAAGAACAGUAGGAGAUUCCCGAGCUUUGUAUAGAAUGUGGGAGGCUUUCCAUCACUCACUGGUGGCUGGUGAUCAACUUAUCCCCUCGCUUCUUUCUCCACACAGGCUCACACUUGAGUAGGCAGUCACGCUCAGUUGGAAGUCAGUUACUCACACGCUACCCACACGCUAAGUUGUCAUCCAAUGUGUGCAGAAAUAUUAGUGGCUACUUUAUGUAACUAUUUGACUUAGAAGUGGCAGCUCCAUCGUGUUUUGUACAAAGACUGCAACUACAUGAAAUGGGCAAAAGUGUUGGGACACGUUUCUGUGCGCACCUACAGCAUCACAAAAAUACAACUGUAACAAGCUGGGAAAUGUUUGCCCACUAACAUGUGAGGUCAGUAGUAGAGUCACACAUCGCUCAUCCGAGGCCUUCAUGUCAUGCUGCAACGGAAAAGGACCCUCCCCAAACUGUUCCCACACAGUCAGAAGCCUAGAAUGAUGUUAAAUAUCAUCAGUUGGGAAACUGAAGCCAUAAGCGUCAUCCAUCCAGCCAGUUAUUCACUUUCUAUAUCGUUUUGCCUCAUUGGGGGUGCGGGUGAGCUGGAAUCUAUUCCAGCUGACAUGGAGCGCCCCACUGGACUGGUUGCCAGUCAAUCGCAAGGACACAUAUUGAAAAAAAAAAAACAAUUCACACUCAUGUGCUGACCAUGAGGAUACCACGCUGGCCACCAUAAGCUUUCUCAGUACUGUAUGCAUAUGACUGGCUUAGAGCAAGAUGGCAUGGACAGAUCAAUUGUCAAGGGAUAGGGUAGUUCCAAUCAGAGGUGAUCAGGGCUCACCUAGUUACAGUGCUUCUUUUCAUCACUUUAAUAUGCUGACUUAAUUUACGCGGACAGUGAGUUAAGUCCAUUUCAAAGCCCCAAUUAUGGAACAUUUCGUCAUGACGUAUUGCUAAAAAUGUGUAUGCACUCUCUUGCUUAUUGCCCAUGCGAGGAUCCUGAAGUACUUUUCUCAUUAUAAAGCUGUUUGAAAUCCAAAAACUUGAGGCGUUCAGAAUGGCAGAGAGCGGCUUUUCUGUGCAUGAGAUCAAACUGCUUAUUAAAUCUUAACCCUGAUGUACAAGCAUAUUCCAUAACUUCAUCUCACAAUAAAAUUGACCAGGAUCACCAAUUGUACUUGUCAAUGAACAGAAACAUUCUGUGCAGUUUGGCUUAUAAAGCACUUUUUCCCUUACGUUUUAUCAACAAGCUUUUUAAUGUAACGUCACUAAUGUAUUUGCUUUGCAUGUCAUUGCCGACUUCGUCCUUUCUCUUCCUCAGCCUUUUCAGCCAAACGUGAACGUCUUCUACGUCGACUCGUGCGGCCUGACUAUUUGUCCCCCAUUUGAGAUUUGUUCUACCAGUACAAAGAAAGGCACUCAAACAUGUAUAAUCAUCUCACACAGCAACAUUUAAAUGCUUCGACAUAUUUCCCCAAAUGCUUUUUUUUUCUGCUGUUCAACUUACAAAUCAUUUUGUUUGUUUGAUGGUUUGUUUUUACAACCUUUCUCCUACAUUUAAAUAAAACCUUGCGAUGCAAAAUACAUUCUUCGGUUUGAUUGAUGUGUUUUGGAAUACAAAUCGUUCCAUGUUAGUCCACACAGGUCCGUUCUUCAGUUUGUUCCAAAUGUUCUUCAUUUUCUUUAAAUCCUGCAGGGGGUCUGACCAGUGUACAAACAUCAUUAUCCUGAGGUACGUCUUUAAUAUCAUGAGUUCAAAAUUACUUUAAAUAGUCAAAAAUAUUGCCAGUCUUCUCAUACCUCUAAAUACAAUAAUGUCACCUACAUUAAAUACCAUACAUUACAAAACAAGAAAACGAAAAAAGCUUCUUAUAUCCACUACUGUACAAAGGCAUUCGUCAGCAAUUUAAGCAUGUUAUAUUUCGGUGUUCUACUUCAAAAGUCAACAUUUUGGAUAACGUUCCAUACAUGGGCCUUAUUCCAGUGUAUUAACCUGUGCAACUAACUAGUUUAAAUAGAGAAUUAUUGUGUGAAAGUUACAUCACGUGGUUAAAAAGUGUGGUUACACAGUGGAAACAAAGUGUUCAUUUCAUGAUGUGACUGUAGAAGUUGCAGCAUCUUGUGUGAGGUUUUUUUUUAAAAAAAUUUGGGAGACCUUGAAAGUCAAAAGGCAAAGAUUUCCAGAAGAAGCUGCGGAUUUAUCAUCAUAAUCAACCCGGUAUAGGUAUAUAUGAGUAUUGCACUGUUAAGCUCUUUCAGUUUCGAUAUAGACAAGAGGUUGUCAUCGUUUGCUUACAAAGUCAACUCUACAGUAACACUUUUCCAUGGGUUAAUACACAACAAUAAGUCACUGCAGGGUCUUCAAUUCAUUUACACGAGUACAAAGUUGUCGUAUAUGGGUCUCUAAUUUUAUCACUACUAUAUCCAGUGUAAAAAA